AUGGUCGAGCCAGGCAGAACGUGCGCGUGUACACCUCGCUCGCUGUUGGUGCCCGCGGGUGGGGUGAAGACACUCGACCCAAGCCAGCGUGUGAGUUCGAAAGAGCUCGAGGCCAAGGAUCGCGAGUGGCGACGACAGCAGGAGCAAUCGAGCCAGCCGCACCGCUCGACGCCGCCAACCGGCUCGAACGAUUCGCAGUCCACGGUCACGGCCAACGGGUCGCAGUCGCACAGCAGCGAAAGGCCAAGUGGCAGGGCAGGCAGCCUCAAUGUGGAACCAAGGACCACCAAGACCUCGGCAUCAUCGCUGUCGGACUGGAUUGGACGAAAGCGCACGCAGCCUCCUUCGGUCAACGAGUGA